UUUACAGUGUCACCGGCAGCGUGGAGCAGUCAGAGUGGAGAGUGUGUGUGUUGAGGAGUUGAUGGUGGUGACAUUUCCAGUUAUAAUGAUGUUUUUGAGCGACUGUUCAGUGAAAUGUUACCACUAGGCAUUAUUUCAGUAUCCAACAUCUCCAUGUAGGUUCGCAGGAAAAUGAAUAGCAUUGUAAAACGUGUUAUUCACCGGAUUAGAAGAAGCUUUUCUAGUCAGCAGGCUUUGUUCACAUUGCCCUGCAGAGCUGUAGGCGGCGCUGUUGGCCCUCCUGUAGACUGCAGUGUGACAGAAGAGCAGGCGGUCAGUUUGUGGGCUCGACACUUCCAGCAGCACGGCAUCUCUGAACCACUCCUAUCCAGCCAGUACAUCAUAGCUCAUGUGCUUGGAAAGAAAACACUGAACUGUGUGGAGAGGAGUCGUCUCAGGGACAGUCUGACUGACCAGCAAAGGGAGAAUGUGUGGAAACUGUGUACCAAACGCCUCACAAGGAUGCCAUUGCAGUAUGUAAUUGAAGAGUGGGACUUUAGGGACCUGACUCUGAAGAUGAGACCUCCAGUGUUCAUCCCACGCCCCGAAACAGAGGAGCUGGUUAGUUUGGUGUUGGAGGAUCUCCAGACAGAGUGGAGGGGCAGGACGUGGCCUGCUUUAAGAUGCCUAGAGGUGGGCUGUGGAACGGGCGCAAUAUCUCUUAGCUUACUGCACAGCGUACCACAGCUCAAGGCUAUUGCAUUGGACCACAGCCAGGAAGCAGUGUUCCUAACGAAGGAAAACGCAAGCAGACUGGGACUCCAGGGCAGACUGGAAGUGCAUCAUUUAGAUAUUAUAAAGGAUGCAGAUUUGAUAGUGAGAGACUGCAGUGCUGUUGAUGUGCUGGUUAGCAACCCCCCCUACCUGUUCACUGAGGACAUGGAGUCUCUGCAAGAAGAGAUAGUCAGAUUUGAAGACCACUCAGCACUGGAUGGGGGUUCGGACGGCAUGACAGUAAUAAGUCAGAUUCUGACUCUAGCACCCAAACUCCUCACAAAGGACGGUCGUGUGUAUUUGGAGGUGGAUCCACGCCAUCCUGCCCUGCUAAAGCAUCUGGUAGAGCAGAGGAAGCUGGGAUUGCAGUAUUUGGAAACACGCUAUGAUUUCACCAACAGGCCGCGAUUCUGCAUCCUACAGAGAAGAGAACUAGACUGAAAUGCUAAAGAGAAAUGCUUUUGCGUGAGAAAAAGGCACAGAUUGUGUAAGAGAGUGAGCUGAGGUACAGGUUAAGGAAGAGAGCAAGAUGGACAGAGAGAGCGCAUAACUUGGAAGAAAGCUGAUAUGGAAACGAUGGAUGGAGUCACCGCUAUGAAGGAUCUGUUUCUGAGGUCUCCUGCCAAAGUGCAUUACUUGCAUCUCAGCUCCCAUCAUAAGCUUCCCUCCUCUCGUCACGUACUGAGAUUUUUUGAAGAGUUAAAGGGCCCAUAUCAUGGAAAAUAAUGCUCACUUCUUUCGCAUGAGUUUGAAACCUACCAUUCACUCUUCAGUCCAUACAGUCCAUAUACAAUUGUAUGCACAAGUUUGAACAGCCCCAGUCAAAUGGCACGUUUUGUUGAUUUUCUAAGUGAAAAUAAGUAACACAUCCUCUGCAGACAGCACACUUAAAUAUGGCAUUUUCUGCUAAUUGUAGUGCACAAUUUCUAUUUUUUGUUUUUUGCUGAGUAUAACACAUUUGAAAAGGAAUAAAAUAUAAAAUAUAAUAUGAGCUGUACCUUUUGCACCAGCCACAUUUUAUGUUUUCUUUUUUUCCAAUAUGUUAAAUUUAACAAAUAAACAGUAAUUGUGCAUUAAUGUAUGUAGAAGUGUGUUCUCUCUAGUGGAUGUGUACUUAUUUUCACAAUUUUGCAUUCGACUGUACGGAAACUAAGCUGCCAAACAGCCAGUUUGUAGUUCAUCUGUUGUUAUAAAAAAACAGCUCAUUUACCUACAUCCACCUAUUUAGGCUACGGUAGUUUAGCUCCUCCCAUUUGUGUUAAAGCGAGUGAGGCACAGUACAGGGCAGCCAAUCAGAACAGAGGACUUUUACUUAUAUCCGUCUUAAAGGCACGGUAACAAAAACAGCCUGUUUUUGGUAUAAAGGUAGGUUCGAAAAUGUUCAGUAGUGAAUUAUAACGUUUUGGUACGUAAACCCAUACAUGACUGGACCUGUGGAAAAAUAAAUAAAUGCAAGAAAAACAUUG